AUGGCCCUCAGGGAACGCAUCUCCUCCCCCCUCGAGGCCGGCCCCUCCCUCCUCGACGCCCACCACAUCGCGCCUCAUCUCCUCCCCGUCCUGGAAUACACCUCCGGCCGCCUCGCCCGCAAGUCAAUCCACCUAACCCUCAUCAUCGUCAAGCGCGACUACCAGCUGCUCAACUCGCCCAUCUCCUCCUCCUCCUCCUCCUCCUCUUCUUCUCCUCCAUUCUCUCCACAGCAGCAGCAGCAGCAGCAGCAACAACAGCAUCUCAAGCACCUCAUGCGGUCCGCGUCGCAGCACGUCGUGGGCAGCAGCCCGCGCAGUGCCGCCGGCCCGCCUUCGUCGACAUAUCCUUCGACGGAACCGGCGUCCAGCCCGAGGUUCUGGUGGCCGCUUUCGCCGGCGUUUCCGUCGUCGCCUCCGCCAAUGACGCCGUCGACGACGACGACGACAUCGUCGCUGACUACGACGGAGAGCAACGGAUCGACUGCAUCUAACAACAGCAGCAGCACGGGUAGUCUUCGCUGCUUUCACUCAGGAGACUUGUCCCCGCGGACCGACAAGAUCCUCAAGAGCACCCUCAUCAAGGCGGGCAACAAGUUUGGCGUCGGGAGCGGAUGGCUCGUCCCCCUCACGAGCCCCAGCACCCGCGACCUCACCACCCAGCUCUACCACAGCUCCGUCGUCCAAAACGAAGUCCUCUUCUCCUCCGACGGCCUCAGCCUCCUCACCCUCGACCGCCUCUACAGCAUCAAGAGCGCCCUCUCCAGCUACUCCAAGUCAAACUCCCCGCUGCGCCUCGAGGACGCCGUCGACGAGCUGCGCCGCUACGUCCUCGCCAACAACGGCGGCAAGGUCACCCGCGCCGACCUCCUUCGCUCCUACGACUGGCUCGGCGUCAGCGCCUCCGCCAUCGGCGACCUCGACCGCAUGUAUCGCCGCGCGUACGGCGGGCCCGAGCUCGUCGGCGGCAUCACAGGCAUGCCGUCAUCAUCAUCAUCGUCCCUCAGUCCCUCGAGCACGAUCCUCGACGACGGCAUUGUAAACGUCGCCAUGACAGCCGUCAAGUUCUCUCGACCGCCCACGCCUCGGAGAAUCGGGCCCCCGCUGAAGCUGCAGACUGAUUUCUCGCCAAAGUCCAGAUCCCCUGUUGAACCGGACAAGAAGCCACCCGAGGUACCAAAGAUCGAGGAGCCCGAAGAGGAAGCCCACACAGCACGGCCGGUCGAUCGAUCCGUGGCCUCCAUGUGGAACACCCGCUUCACCAUCGACCAGAUGCUCAGCCCAAGCACAAACACGGACUUGCAGCCGCACUCGCCCGCAAUAGGGCCCAUGACGCCUCACGGAUACGACGACAUAUCGCCAGUGACGCGCGGCGAAUGGGGUUUCCUCAUGGGCGGCAACGGGCUGAAUAUAGGCAAGACCGCUGCGGUGGAAACCUUUUGA